AUGAAUUACGAUCGCAUCAUGAACUUACCUGAUGUACGCGUAGAUAUUGAACCUGCUGAAGGCGCUUCGGCCGAAGAUCAAGCUCCGCACAACACAUCGACAGAUGGUCACGAGCAAGCUGCGGUGCGAUCAUCUCAAUCAGUACGUGAAGCAGCUGAUAGGUUACGUGGUGAGUACGCUCGACUUCAGCAGACCAUCAACCAGAACGAAGAUGCUCAAACUUUAUGCACAAUGGUCACGGCUAUUGUGCCCUUCAUUCUCAUUUUUGUUCUAAAAAUGGUAUUUGAUAAUUUUCUGUCUAUUUUUCGAGUUGUUACUGCUGUGGGAAGUUUUAUAACUGUUGAUUCGAGAGUACAACAACUAUUUUCGGCAGCUCGACCGUCAAAGAGCUUACGUAUCACUUCCGUGCUGGUAUUUGUUGUCUUGUUCUAUUUUACUUCGGGUUUAUAUAUCUAUGAUGAUGGCUUUGAAUUGGCUAAUGCACUCCUUCUUCGAUAUGCGGGCGUUGUUUACCAUGGUUUUUUCUUCACCCUCUUCGUUUUGGUAAUCACAGACACAUUUGUGAAAAUGAUAGUUUCCGGUAUAAAAAUGAUUGUGUCGUUAUCUGGUCUGAGUAUGGGAAUGAAAAGAAAAAUCAAUCAGUUUUUGGAGUACUCAUCUCAGGUACGUGAAUUGUGGAGUCUAGCUCAAUUGACGAUCAAAUGUGCUGCUAGAAUGGUCUAUUCAACUCCAUACGGUGUGACACCCACUCGUGAAGAAGUGGACAAAGAAUCCAUGUGCUCUAUUUGUCAUGGAGACUUUACAUCACCAACAAAGGUUCUGUUGUGCAUGUUCAGCGCUAGUCACGUGCUGAUUCUGUGGCCAAAUGCUCAAUAUUAA